CUCGAGGCUGUCCUUAAUGCGACGCAGUUUGCGCAGAGCUCAGCGUAAUGGCGUCUGUGCGAGACAAGCUCACAAGACUCUCAAAAUGAAGCGACGGAGGGACUAUAUAUGUUAGCAGAGGGCCUCUAGAAGGGUUUGUGGGCGCGGGAUUGCAGUGAGGCUUGGUGGAGGACUUUGAUCUGUUGAGCGCGAUGAUAAAACUGAAGUCCAACCAGACGCGCACGUAUGACAGAGACGGCUAUAAACAGCGCGCGGCCUGCCUGUGCUUCCGCAGCGAGCGCGAGGAGGAGGUGACGCCAGCAAUCACUGCACCACACAAACGGACGCUAAUGCUCCGAGGACUGUCUGCAGCUGCAUGCGUGUAUGUGAGGGAUACGGCUGUUAUAAGGCCGCGAAACGAGGUGCUGCUGGUGAGCAGCAGCAGUCAUCCGGACCGAUGGAUCGUUCCUGGAGGAGGGAUGGAGCCCGAGGAGGAGCCCAGUGCUGCUGCUGUCAGGGAGGUGUGCGAGGAGGCGGGAGUAAAAGGCACAUUAGGAAGAUUGGUAGGCGUUUUUGAGAACCGAGACAGAAAGCAUAGAACGUAUGUCUAUGUUCUCAUCGUAACCGAGGUUCUGGAGGACUGGGAGGAUUCAGUAAAUAUUGGGAGGAAGAGAGAGUGGUUUAAGACAGAAGAUGCCCGGCGUGUGCUGCAGUGUCACAAACCUGUGCAAGCAUCUUACUUCGAAGCCCUUCAGCAGGACUGUAUGACCAGCAACGGCACGUCUCUGGUGGCCACUUACAACAUUAAUCAAAACUCUCUCUCCAGCAUCAGAUAACCACCACAACAAGCACAGAAGCCUCGGCGAAAUUCUCCAGCAUUUUCCACCUUUUCCUGCCCAACUGAACUCCUACUGCAACUACUAUCAUGUCUUUUUUAUUUCAGCGUGCU